AUGGGGAGGUCAUCGCCGGCUCCUCUGCUUCCUCCCGUCGCCCAACACCUGCAGCAGAGCUCUCUCAUGGUCUCCUCCCCGGUCUCAGGAAGCUUGAGCUUAGAGCCACCGGAUGAACAACACAUGAGUUUUUUCCUCUAUCCCCUCAUCCUUGUCCUAGCGGCUGUCACGUUAGCCUUCUCCUACUACCUCCACAAAAGACGCGUUCCAGACCGUCGUCUGCCGGUCUAUUUGCCGCAGCAGGAUCGACCUGCCCGCCCUACAACCGUGCCAAAUUUAGCUACAAAGACCGACGUGGGCGUGGAGAUUCCGGUCAUCGUCUACGGCGACGGCAGGUCUCCUGCUGAGGCCGACGAGAAGGAGAGCUGCGCGAUAUGCUUGGAUAACUUUGAGGCCGGAGGGGAGGUGGGGAUGCUGCCGCGAUGCAGCCACAUGUUCCACCCUGCGUGCAUCAAGAAAUGGUGGCUCUAUGCCGACUGCAAGACCUGCCCGCUUUGCAGGGCCGUCGUGAUCGCAGAAACAGCAGCAGUAACAGAACCGUGA